UUAUGCGGCCAGCAUGGAUGCACCGAGGCUGCAAGCAAUUCCCCUCCCUCUUCCUCUCUCUCUCUCUCAAUGGCCGCUUGAUGCCUUCAUCAAACUCUACCCUUCUCAUCAGUCCUCCUCAUCACCAUGGCUCUGUUGCAGACAUUUUUCUCAGACGCUUGCUUCUCCAAGAACCACCAUUUAUGCCCCAAAAGAACACCGCCCUUGUUGUCAACAGCAUCACUUAAACCCCUCUCACAGCCACCCAAUUCUUGCCAUCUUCCAAGGCUAAAAAAGGGAAACCGGAGGAGGAAGUACCAAGCGGUGGCGGAGAUUGGUGGCGGAUUGGCGGUUGAAGAUGAAGGGGCUUCUAAGGAGGAUCAGAGUGAAGAGGGUGAGAAGGGCGUGGCAGAGUAUGAUUGGACAGAGGAAUGGUACCCUCUUUAUCUCACCAAGGAUGUUCCAGAAGAUGCCCCUUUAGGCCUCACUGUCUUCGACAAACACCUUGUUCUGUAUCGCGAUGGCAAUAGCGUGCUUCGGUGUCACGAGGAUCGGUGCCCCCACAGGUUAGCAAAACUAUCAGAAGGUCAGCUGGUUGAUGGAAGGCUGGAAUGCCUGUAUCAUGGUUGGCAAUUUGAAGGAGAGGGUAAAUGUGUAACAAUACCUCAGCUUCCGGCCAAUGCAAAGAUACCCGAAUCGGCUUGUCUUAGAACACAUGAGGUGAAGGAUUCCCAAGGAGUCGUGUGGGUAUGGAUGUCUCAGAAGACACCACCAGAUCCUAGUAAAUUGCCUUGGUUUGAAAACUUUGCCAGGCCGGGCUUCGUGGACAUUUCAACCACACAUGAACUUCCUUAUGACCACUCCAUACUUCUUGAGAACCUCAUGGAUCCAGCCCACAUCCCCAUCUCCCAUGACAGAACAGACUGGACGGCGAAGAGGGAAGAUGCCCAACCAUUAUUAUUCGAAGUAACUGAAAGGUCAGAUCGAGGCUUUGCAGGGCGGUGGGGCAGAGAAAGGGAUCGGUCAAUGCCAAAUUUCUUACGGUUUGAGGCACCAUGUGUUCUACAGAACAACCGAGAACUGGUUGACAAGAAGGGGGAGAAACACUACUUCACCGGUCUCUUUCUCUGUAGACCUUCGGGGCAAGGCAAAUCCAUGCUUAUUGUGAGGUUUGGAGGCACAAAAAGAUCCCCCCUUUUGAAGGUGCUCCCACAAUGGUACUUCCAUCAGAAUGCAUGCAAGGUUUUUGAGCAAGACAUGGGUUUUCUCUCAUCCCAAAAUGAAGUUCUAAUGAGAGAAAAAGUGCCCACAAAAGAACUGUACCUUAACUUGAGAUCCUCAGACACAUGGGUGGCAGAAUACAGGAAGUGGAUGGACAAAGUUGGGCAUGGGAUGCCUUACUAUUUUGGCCACAGCACCAUCUCCCUGCCUAAAGAGCCGGCUGUGGUGGAGCAUGCCCCGGCUGGACUCGUUGCUAAUGCUUCAGCGUCUUCCCCGGCCAAGGGAGGGAUCGGAGCAAUGCACGCGCCAAAUCUUGCCAACAGAUACUUCAGGCAUGUAAUACACUGCAGUGGGUGCAGAAGCGUGAUCAAGGCUUUUCAGGCAUGGAAAAAUGCUCUCUCUGUUGUGUCGCUGGCGCUGGCUGCACUCGCAAUUCUUGUGUCUGGAAGGCAGUGGAAGACGCUCUUUUUGGUGUCAACAACCCUGUGCUUGGCUGGGAUCUAUGCUUGCUCAACUGCUAUUGCAAUGAAUACAUCAAACUUUAUAAGGACACAUAGAAGACUGUAAGCCAAGAAUGGGACAGUUGAGGCAUUCAUAAUAUCGUGUAGAAAUUAUAUAUGAAGUGAGACUGUUAAUUCAGUUGUUACACAAUGAUAUAUUUGUAUGGAAUUUUUAUUUAUAUA